UAUAGAACUAUACAGCAGCGCUGUAGGACUUUAACAACCAACGAUGUUUUUUGACUAAAAACGAUAUAGGACUAUAAUACAACAACAAAGACAACACGGAAACACUACCAGCAGCGGAGAAACCACAAAAACAACACCAACAGAGGACACACGAUUAAGAAAAGCAAGCAACGAAGACAAAACUUAAACAACAAGAGUAGUGGAUGGUGGCCUUCAAAGCAAGGCAAAAGCGACAACUAGCAAACUAGUGACGAGGGGAAUCUGCAAAUGCCAAAAUUUUUAACUGCCCCCUGAGAAAUGAAACAAAGUGUGCACAGUGUUCGACCUGUCAUUCCAAGAGAAUCUAAUCUCUUGAGGGUGAAUGGUUGCUCAUGAUCGCCGCUUACUGGGCAAGGUCUACCUCGGCUUUUGCCGGAAUGCAACCGAACGACAUGUGCACAUUAACAAAGCUAGGACAUCUACUAAGCGCAAUGUGGUAUUGGACAACACCGCAACGCGAUGUGGUAUUGGACAUUACCCCAACAGCAGUGGUAUCGGACAAUACCACAACAGUAGUGGUAUUGGACAAUACUGCAGCAGCAGUGGUAUUGGACAAUACCGCAGCAGAAGUGGUAUUGGACAAUACCGCAACAGCAGUGGUAUUGGACAAUACCACAGCAACAGUGAUAUUGGACAAUACCGCAACAACAAUGGUAUUGGACAUUACCACAACAGCAAAGACAAUACCACAGCAGCAGUGGUAUUGGACAAUACCGCAGUAGCAGUGGUGUUGGACAAUACCGCAGCAGCACUGGUAUUGGACAAUACCGUAGCAGCUAUGGUAUUGGACAUUACCGCAGCAGUUGUGGUAUUGGACAUUACCGCAGCAGCUGUGGUAUUUGACAAUACCACAGCAGCAGUGGUAUUGGACAAUAACACAGCGCGCUGUGGUGUUGGAGAAAACCACAGCGCAUUGUAGUAUUGGACAAUACCACAACGCACUGUGGUAAAGGACAAAACCACAACGCACUGUGGUAGUGUCCAAAACCACAAC